CUUUGCGAGCGCAGGAUACACAUGAUAACAAUAGGUAGGUGUCAGCUGCGUGGGGCGAAGUUCCCCUCCAACGCACGCUAUCCUGCUAGCCGACGUCAAGCAUGGAGAACGACAAGAAGAGCAGUAGCAGCAGCAGCGGCAGGGCGAGACUUUUCAGUUUACGACCACAGUCAACCUCCAUUCGAUAAGAUCUUGAUCGCGAACCGAGGCGAGAUCGCUUGCAGAGUCAUGGCGACCGCGCGAAGGAUGGGCGUGCGGACGGUAGCUGUUUUCAGCGAUGCGGACGACCAGGCCCCUCACGUACGUAUGGCCGACGAAGCCGUCUGCAUCGGGCCGCCGGAGGCGCUCAAGAGCUACCUCGACGCAGAUAAGAUCUUGGAUGUGGCUCUCAGGACGGGUGCUCAGGCCAUCCACCCUGGGUAUGGUUUUCUGAGUGAAAACGCCUCUUUCGCGGAGGCCUGCGAGCAAGCCGGCGUCGCUUUCGUGGGGCCGCCAUCGGGCGCUAUCGAGAGCAUGGGGGACAAGAUCGAGUCCAAGAAGAUCGCGGCGCACGCGGGGGUGCACACCAUCCCGGGGUUCAAGGGCAUCAUCGAGUCUGGCGAUGAGGCGGUGAGGAUAGCGGAGGAGAUCGGGUACCCGGUCAUGAUCAAGGCAAGCGCCGGCGGUGGCGGGAAGGGGAUGAGGAUCGCGUACGAUGCCGAGGAUGCGAGGAGCGGUUUCGAGAGGUCCACGGCCGAAGCAAUCAGCAGCUUUGGCGAUGGCCGAAUGCUCGUCGAGAAGUACAUCGAGGACGGCCACCACAUCGAGAUACAGGUUUUGGCCGAUUCUCACGGCAAUGUAGCAGCAUUUCCCGAGCGCGAGUGUUCCGUACAGCGGCGGAACCAGAAGCUGUUGAUCCCGGACGACGCGGUUGCUGGCAUGGUCAGUCGUUCGCCGUCCGAUUCGUUUUGGACUGGGCAGGUCCUAGAGGAGUCUCCGAGCUGCCUCAUCACGCCUGAGGUGCGAGCGGCCAUGCAGGAGCAGGCGAUCAUGCUCUCCAAGGCUACAGGUUACAGGUCAGCCGGCACGGUGGAGAUGAUCUGCGCGAGUGACCUGUCGUUCUACUUCUUAGAGAUGAACACCCGGCUGCAGGUGGAACACCCCGUCACCGAGUGCGUCACGGACGUCGACCUCGUCGAGCAGGCAAGCCGAAAAAAUACACACGUUUGGACGCGAUACGUACAAAUCCCACCGAUGGUGUUGCCCCACGUCCCGUUCCACCGACAUGCCAUCGAGGCGCGCGUGUACGCCGAAGACCCGUUCCGCAAGUUCCUCCCAUCCACCGGACCUCUCGUCACCUACCGAGAACCGAGGGUCACCGCGAACGGGGAUGGCGGCGAUGCCGAGGGGGGGGGUGGCGGGGCGGAUGGCGUGAGGGUGGAUUCCGGCGUGGUAGAAGGGUCAGAGGUGUCGAUGUUUUACGACCCGAUGAUCAGCAAGCUUAUCGCGUACGGGGAAACCAGGGAGGUCGCCCUCGGACGUUUGGGCUCGGCGCUUGACGAGUACGUGAUCCAGGGGCUGGGGCACAACGUUCCUUUCCUUAGAGACGUCGUUCGGAACAAAGACUUCGCUGAUGGGGAGUACAGCACGUCCUUUAUUGACAAGCACUACCCCGAAGGGUUUACGGGCGUCGUGCUGUCGGAGGACGAGGAGGUGAAGCUAGCGGCCGUGGCGGCCGCGGUGCGGUGGGUCUGCCAAGACGUGGAGGCGUCGGUCCGGCCGAGUCCUGACGUCACCAGGCACGGACAUUUCAUGACAAAUGAUGUACCUCUUGAGGAGUGCAUGGUGACUCUCGGUGGGUACGGCGGUCGAGUUUUCAAGGUGACUCCCGACGGCGAAGUGGGGAAACCGCUAGCCCUGACAAUUGAGCCACAGGAGGGGAAGGCGGUGGGCGGGAACUCCGUAAGGCUUACGGUGGACGAGCUGGCGUGGAAUGUCGGCUUUCCGUUGAUCAAGGCUACCGUUGACGGCACGCCGCAGGUGCUGCAGUACCUCGGUGCGAUUGGAGAGGUGAGCGAGCCCCGAUUUCCAAUUUCGAGCUCUUACUUACCAUGACUGGUCCGGAGUAGUGAAGUUUGGAAACCACGCGAGGUCGAAAGUUGCACACCAAGACCAACCGUAGAAAAAGGGGCUCCGUGUUGUUUUCUCCAAGGUAGGAUGCAUCGAGAUCGCUGUUGUCCACCGGGAUCCCUCCGUCGCCUCUCGGCCACCGCUGCGCUUGUGAUUGCGUUGGUGUUAAGUGGUGAGGGAUACAACCUCGUCAUGGC